CGAUCUAAUAGUCUCAUCUCAUAUAUAUAAUAUAAUAAUAUAUAUACAUCAAAAGACCCAAGUACAAGAACUUAAGACAUGGCCACCCUCAUUGCUUAUGAAGAUGCUUCUCCUUCUGCCGAUGCCGAGCUUCUAAAAAAGGCUUGCCAUGGAUGGGGGACCGAUGAAAAGGCAAUAAUAUCGAUUUUGGGGCACAGAAAUGCAGCUCAAAGGAAAUUGAUACGAGAUGCUUAUCAAGAAAUUUAUCAAGAAGAUCUUGUUAAGCGUCUUGAACAUGAGCUCUCUGGUGACUUUGAGAGAGCAGUUUAUCGAUGGAAUUUGGACCCAGCAGAUCGGGAUGCAGUACUAGCAAACGUAGCACUGCGAAAAGAAAACCGUGAUCAUAGAGUCAUCAUUGAGCUAUCUUGCACUUUAUCACCCGAAGAACUUUUUGCUGUCAAACGUGCUUAUCAAGGCCGAUACAAGCGCUCUUUGGAAGAGGACAUUGCAUCGCACACCUCUAGUGAACUCCGAAAGCUACUGGUGGGUCUGGUGAGCAUACAUAGGUACCAAGGUAACGAAGUGAACUUGAAAUUGGCAAAAUCAGAGUCUAGCAUUCUUCGGAACGCUAUUCAAGAAAAGGCUUUUGAUCACGAAGAAAUUUUACGAAUAGUUACUACUAGGAGCAAGCCACAGCUUAUGGCUACUUUGAAUCACUACAAAGAUGAACAUGGUUGCAACAUGACCAAGCAUUUGAAGGAUGAUCGGACCAAUGAGUACACAGAAACAUUGCGUUCGACGAUUCGAUGCCUGAGUGACCCCAUUAAGUACUUUGAGAAGGUGAUUCGCAAUUCAAUAAAAAACGGUGGGACAAAUGAAGAUGCACUGACUCGUGUGAUUGUUUCGCGAGCUGAGAAAGACCUCAAGGUUAUCAUGGAUCAAUAUUACAAGAGGAAUAGUGUGACACUUGAUCAGGCUGUUGUGAAAGAAACCUCGGGCCAUUACAAGAGGUUUCUUCUUGCUUUGCUCGGUAGGGAAGACUAGUUUAAGACCCGUGACCGAGUAUCAUAAGUUAAUGUUGUUUACUUGCAAAUUGAAGACAUCUAUAUAUGUUGUGUACUUUUGUGUAAGCUUUUGUUGAAUCUUACGAAU